UUGUGUUUGGCCCCAACUCAAUUUAGGUUUGUUUCUUUCUCGUCUAAAAACCUGAAAGACUGGUUUUAGUGGGUGUCGAGAACGUUCUACGCGGUCCAUUCUACGCAACUACCCACCUUCUACAAUUUCUGAGUUUUCAUCAAUCUUAAUUCCUUUCAAUUCCGCCAUUAAAGACUGAAACAAAACCUUCAAGAGAUCACCUUUUAAGAGAUUCAUUUAUACGCUUGCAAUGGCUGCAAAAAUAAUUGCCCAGCUUGUGGUGGUAGGGUCAGGGAUGCUAAUUAGGGCUUUUGCUCAAGCUUAUCGGCAAGCUCUUGCUAAUGCCUCCAAAACAGGUGCUGCUCAAGAAGCAAUGCAGAAUACUGUACGCAGAGCAAGCAAAGCGAUCACGGAGCAAGAGGCAAGGCAGAUUCUUGGAGUUCCUGAGAAUGCUGCCUGGGAAGAGAUUUUAAAAAAAUAUGAUGUUUUGUUUGAGAGAAAUGCCAAGCAAGGGAGUUUCUACCUUCAAUCGAAGGUCCAUCGGGCAAAGGAGUGUCUUGAAUCGGUAUAUCAAAGUAAAGGUCAAGGUCCCACUCCCACCAGUGGCUGACUAAAUUGUGUUCCAUAAGCAUCAAAGGAAAUGGGUUUUAUUUGUGUAUAGCUUGAUGACUAGAAUAUGAACAUCCAACACAAUUUGUUCGUUUACACUGCUGGCCCGUCAAUGCUAUGAGAUUAUCACAGUUUUGGGAGCGGACAGGUUUUAGUGAAUAGUGAUCAGAAUAAUGUGUUGCUAAAUCUUUAUGUUCCUCAAAGUAUGAGUUGUCCUACAGCUUUCUAGCAUUUGCUGGCUUAAUGUUUCUGAAUUUGGUAUUCUUAUUGUUUUUAAGGACAAAACUCAUGUAGACAGAUGGACAUAUUUUUUGUCACUGUCCUCGAAUAUCACUGGACAAAUACUUGAAAUGACUGCAGUAAAUCCAUAGAAUGUUCCCUUUUGUAGCUAAAAA